AUGAGGACAAUAAGAAAAACCAUUGCUAUUCUCGGAGUAGGUUUGAUUCUUGCCUGCUGUGUGAUGAUUUAUUUAAUGAUGGAUUUAACUCUCCUACCACAAGGUCCUAAAGUUUCUAUGAGCAGUAAUCAAUGGCUGCAUUUUGAGAACAGAUUGGCAAAAUUAGAGAAGGAUUUUGACAAACAUCAUAAAGUUAUGAAUGCUUUACAGGAGCAAGCGGCAAAAAUCAAAGAUAAUUUUGUACCUGUUGUACAUUCACCGAUUAGUCAUUUGAAUCGUUCCAACAUAACAAUUUCACGUUCAAGGAAAAGUCUCACAUGCAAUUUUAAUAUCCAAAAAGUUCCAGAGGUUGACAUACAGAUGUUAGAAAUGUAUAAACAAUUAGAAUUUGAUAAUCCAGAUGGCGGAGUCUGGAAACAGGGCUGGAACAUUAUGUAUGAUGAAAAGCAGUGGCAUCCUAACAGAAAACUAAAAGUUUUUGUUGUACCUCAUUCGCAUAAUGAUCCUGGAUGGUUAAAUACAUUUGAAAAAUAUUAUAUGUUCCAAACGAGAAGCAUAUUGAACAAUAUGGUGACCAAGUUAGGAGAGGAUAGGAGGCGCAAAUUCAUUUGGGCGGAAAUAUCGUUCUUUAAACUUUGGUGGGACGAUCAAUCCAAAGAAAUAAGAGAUGAAGUGCGUCGCCUCAUACACGAUGGACAAUUGGAAAUCGUAUCGGGUGGAUGGGUGAUGCCAGAUGAAUCUGUAUCCCACUGGAUCGCUCAACUCACGCAAUUGACCGAGGGUCAUCAAUGGCUGAAAUAUAAUCUAGAUUAUACACCAAAUUCAGGUUGGGCUAUUGAUCCUUUUGGUCUCUCUCCUACCAUGCCAUAUCUCUUGAAAGGUUCGGGCUUGGAAAAUCUCUUGAUACAAAGGGUUCAUUAUUCAGUGAAGAAGAGACUGGCUAAGGACAAGAAUCUUGAAUUCCGUUGGAGACAAUUAUGGGACAACGAUGGCUCCACAGAAUUGUUCACUCAUGUUAUGCCGUUUUAUAGCUACGAUGUUCCUCAUACGUGUGGACCAGAUCCGAAAGUGUGCUGUCAAUUUGAUUUUUACAGAAUGCAAAAUUUUGGUCUGAAUUGUCCGUGGAAAGUUCCGCCGAAAACCAUAACUAAAGCUAACGUAGCGGAGAGAGCGCUACUUCUACUGGAUCAGUAUCGCAAAAAAGCACAACUCUUUAAAACCAAUGUAGUACUUGCACCUUUAGGCGAUGACUUCAGAUACACACAUCUCACCGAAUGGGAAGCUCAAUUUGAUAAUUAUCAAAAGCUUUUCAAAUAUAUGAAUGAAAAUCAACAUUUGAAUGUCCAAAUUCAAUUUGGAACGUUGAGUGAUUAUUUUGAGGCAGUUCGAGAGAAACACAACUUGAAUGAAUUUCCUACUCUAUCUGGCGAUUUCUUUACGUAUUCUGAUAGAGACGAUCAUUAUUGGAGCGGCUAUUAUACUUCUAGACCUUUUCAUAAAAGAUUAGAUCGUGUAUUGUUGGGUUCUCUAAGAGGAGCAGAGGCAUUAGCUGCUAUAGCUUGGGCUAGAGGCAAUGAUCAAUUGGUAGAAGGAAGUCUUGCAUCACGUUUAAGUAAAGCCAGAAUGUGGCACUCUCUAUUUCAACAUCACGAUGGAGUUACCGGAACUUCCAGGGACAAUGUUGUGAUAGAUUACGCCCAGAAGAUGAUAGUGGCAUUAAACAAUUCAGCUCAUGUACUUCAACAAUCUAUAGCACAUUUAUUGAGAACCCCACAGAUAUCAUCUACAGAUGUGGAAGCUGUGUACUUCACAUUAGACGAAAUUAGAUCGCAUCAUACAAAUGUCGGUGAGAAGCAUAUUCUCAAUCUUGGAGAUGAUAAACCAUCCAGAAAAAUCAUUCUAUACAAUCCUCUCCCAAGGCAGAGAACUAAAAUGCAAACUUUGAUUGUAUCCACGCCAUUCGUUAAAGUUACGGAUCGAAGAGGACAUACUGUUAAAUGCCAAGUGUCUCCCGUUUGGAUUGGUCCAGCUGCAUUGUCUUCAGCUAGAUACGAAUUAUCAUUUUUAGUUAUUGUACCAGGAUUUGGUAUUACUACGUACAUAGUUCAUGCAUUACAUAAAACGUCAAAUACCAAGGACGUAUAUCUGGCUAAUGUCACUAUCUUCAACACAGACAUAAGUUUCCCAUCGAUACCUGGUUUCAAUCAUCUAACGAUUUUACCGCAUACACAAGAAUUUUCGAUCACUCAACGACCAGAAUUGUCUGCUUCUUUCGGCAAGUCUGGUUUGUUGAAAGCUUUGCGAGUUGGCAAUACCAUGAUUCCUGUGCAUCUAGAUUUUGUAAAAUAUGGUACCAGAGGUUCUGGUAAAGAUAAAAGUGGCGCUUAUUUAUUCUUGCCUGACAAGUCGGAACCAGAUGUGAUAUUUAUGGAUGGCAGAGCAAUUGUUCAUUUAGUAACCGGACCAAUUUUAUCAAAAGUAUUCAUCGAAUUGCCACACGUGCGGCAUACUUGUACACUGUUCAAUUCUCCUGGCAGCGACGGACUCGGAUUGCAUAUACUUAACGAAGUCGACAUAACAGAAACGCAAAACUAUGAACUUGCAAUGCGUUUCAACACAGAUAUUGCAUCCGGCGACCAAUUUUUCACGGAUUUAAAUGGGCUCAAUAUGAUUCGUCGGCAGAGAUUCCCUAAACUUCCUACGCAAGGAAACUAUUAUCCAAUGGCAUCAAGUGCAUAUAUAGAGGAUAAAGGAGUUAGAUUAACAGUUACUACAGCGCAGCCAUUGGGAGUAGCCUCUAUGACAACUGGUCAACUCGAGAUCAUGCAAGACAGAAGAUUACUUCAGGAUGACAAUCGAGGAUUAGGACAAGGUGUAAUGGACAAUCUGUUGACAAAUCAUAUGUUCACGUUGAUUCUGGAAAAAAAAGAGACGAAUUGUCCUUUCGCAAUACCACCGACAAAUCACCCAUCAGGUUUAUUAUCUUUAAGCGGUCAUUUAGCUUCGGAAGACUUACUGCAUCCGAUUGUAGCGCUGCAUCCUCACAAUUCUAUGCCAUUCGAUCUGCACGCUCAUUUCUCGCCGCUUCGAUACGAUCUUCCAGUAGAUAUAAGCAUCAUCAGUCUCCGAGUAUUUCCUAUUCCUGAGGGUGCUGGCAAAGGUAUCGGUAUGGUGUUGCAUCAAUCAGCUUUGGACAUUUGUUUUAACAAUUCCCUCUUGCGACGCUUCAAUGUUUCGGAAUCAGGAGAGGUAGAUCUGACGAAGCUCCUCAACGAUAUGGAAGAUUGGACUAUAAGUAAAGCACCUCUUACAUUCCACAAUGUCGGACCAUCUUUGAAAUCGCCUAUUGUAAACUUAUGUCCGCAUCAAAUACUGCCAAUUUUAUUUCAUAAGACGCAAUCCUAAUCGGGAAGAAGACGCAACAUAGUUGUUUCUUAUUUAUCCACAUAAAUUUUGUUUACUCAAGAUAAUAUAGUCCAAAUGUGCCGAGGCCGGUGGAUUUGAAUUGUCUAAUUUGUACCUAAAACAGUAUUAAGUGCACGACGUUAUUAUUAUUUCGAUUUUAAUGAUCUUGCUUAAUACAAUUUAUAUUCUAUAACAAAUACGCAAUUAAAAUACAAUCAAAUUAUAGCAAUUAUAGUAACAAGAAAUUUACUCUCUUCAAAAUUAUACAUAUGAUGUUUAAGACGUAAAAAGAAUUAGUAAAGAAUUCUAAUUAAUCUCAAUGCAUGUAAUAAUCUGUCAAAAUUUUUUGUUGUAAUUCUUUGUCAUUAUUUUUGUUAUUUAUUAAAUUAAUGAUUAUUAUUAUUUAUGUUGAAAUAGUGACUUCUGUGAUUUUAUAGAAUUUCUAAUUAAAGCUAUGUACAUAUCUAACGAUACUGAUAGUAUUUGAGAAUUUGAUAGAUGAUGACAAAUAAAGCAUUUUUUAAAAUACAAA